CCAUAAAUAGUACAUAUCAAAUAUUAUGAAUCCUAUUGUUGUCGCACGACAGCUGGUCAAAAGUAUGGCGUCGGUUUCUGGAAGCCCGGAUCUGGUAUCAUCCAUCAGAUCAUUUUGGAGAAUUACGCCUUCCCGGGAUUGUUGAUGAUUGGUACAGACUCGCACACACCAAACGGUGGAGGAUUGGGUGGCUUGUGCAUUGGUGUUGGUGGUGCUGAUGCUGUUGAUGUUAUGGCCAAUAUUCCAUGGGAACUUAAAUGCCCAAAAGUGAUCGGUGUACAUUUGAGUGGAAAGAUUAGCGGAUGAACAUCACCAAAAGAUGUUAUCCUUAAGGUGGCCGAUAUUUUGACUGUAAAAGGUGGUACGGGUGCUAUUGUAGAAUACUAUGGAAAGGGUGUUGACUCAAUUUCAUGUACCGGUAUGGCAACAAUCUGUAACAUGGGUGCUGAGAUCGGUGCUACCACAUCAACCUUCCCAUUCAAAGGCCGUAUGUCUGACUAUUUGAAAUCAACUGGUAGAGGUGAUAUUGCCGCUGAAGCUGCAAAAUACCAAGCAAAACUUUUAUCAGCUGAUAGCGGUGCUGAAUACGAUCAAGUCAUCGAUAUUGAUUUGGAUAAACUCGAACCACAUGUUAACGGUCCAUUCACUCCAGAUCUUGCUCAUCCAAUCACAAAACUCGGCGAAAAUUCAAAGAAAAACGGAUAUCCAUUAGACAUUCGUGUUGGUUUGAUUGGUUCAUGCACAAACUCAUCUUACGAAGACAUGGGUAGAUGUGCUUCAAUUGCAAAGAAUGCUAUGAACCACGGAGUUAAAUCAAAGAUUCCGUUCAACGUCACACCAGGAUCUGAGCAAAUUCGUGCUACAAUCGAACGAGAUGGAAUUGCUGAAACAUUCAGAGAGUUUGGAGCUACUGUAUUGGCUAAUGCUUGCGGUCCAUGCAUUGGACAGUGGGAUCGUAAAGAUGUGAAAAAGGGUGAGAAGAACACAAUCGUUACAUCAUACAAUCGAAACUUUACCGGACGUAAUGACGCAAAUCCAGCCACACAUUGUUUCGUCACAAGCCCUGAAAUGGUGACUGCAUUGUCGAUCGCCGGUCGUCUCGAUUUCAACCCUUUGACUGACUCCCUCAAGGGUGCAGAUGGCAAAGAAUUCAAACUUGAACCACCAUUCGCUGAUGAAUUGCCAAGCAAAGGCUUUGACCCAGGCAGUGACACAUAUGCCGCACCACGUGAGGACGGCUCUUCCGUUAAACUAGAUGUUGAUCCAAAGAGCCAACGUUUGCAAUUGUUGGAACCAUUCGACGCUUGGAAUGGCAAGGACCUGACCGACUUAACCGUUUUGAUCAAAGUCAAGGGAAAAUGUACAACUGAUCACAUCUCAGCUGCUGGCCCAUGGCUUAAAUAUCGUGGUCACUUGGACAACAUUUCAAAUAACAUGUUCAUUGGUGCUGUUAACUCAGAGAAUAGCGAAGUGAACAAAAUUAAGAAUCAAUUGACCGGCGAUUGGGCUGGUGUUCCAGAUGUUGCCCGUCAUUAUAAAGCCAACGGUGUCCAAUGGGUUGCUGUUGGUGACGAAAACUACGGAGAAGGUUCAUCUCGCGAGCACGCUGCUCUUGAGCCACGUCAUCUCGGUGGUCGUGCUAUCAUUGUCAAAUCAUUUGCCCGUAUCCACGAAACUAACUUGAAGAAACAAGGUCUUUUGCCACUUACAUUCGCCAAUCCAUCAGACUAUGAUAAGAUUCAACCAACCGACAAAAUUUCGCUUCUUGGAUUGUCUAACUUGGCUCCAGGUAAAUCAGUCGACUGUGAAAUCAAACACGCCGAUGGAUCCGUAGACAAAAUCAAAUUAAACCACACACUCAAUGACCAACAAAUCACAUGGUUCAAAGCUGGAAGUGCUCUCAACCGUAUGAAACAAAUCGCAGCCGGCAAAUAAGUCAUCCAAAUCCAUUAAUCAUAUUGAAAGCUAUUGUUGAUUCGAAAUAUAAGAGCGAAACCGAUUUCAAGAAUAAUAUUGGCGAUCAGAAUUAUCAAUUAAAGCAAAAUAAAAAGUAAUGUAACUGAUUUUGUAUAGAAAUUGCAUGAAUAAUAAAUCAAAUUUCAUUUAAUAGAAAA